GUGUACACUGUAAGACCAGGUUCUCCACAUUUUCCUCAGCCCACCAAAAAGAAAGAAAAAAGAAAUUCUUGUAUUGUUUUUGUUUUACAAUUUCUACCCACCUCUCAAUUCUGUGAACACUAUUUCCAAUUUUUCUUUCUCUAUUUUUUUUGGUUUUUUUAUCUUCCUGGGGUUUUUAUGCACGGAAAUUCUGACAUUUUCUAUCAGUUUCAAGAAGGAACUUUAUUAGAUUUCAGGAAGCCAUUUUUUUUCCUGUUUUUUAAAGAUUGGGUUUUGGUGAAACUGUGUGAUUCAGAGAGACAGAGACAGAGACCGAGAGAGUAAUGGCUAUGCUUCAUGUUAGCAGUGCAUGUUAUUGUGUUGUGAGCCAGAGGAGAGCUCACAGAAUUAGAGGUGUUGCGUCUGAGGAUUUUGCUCGUUUGAAAGUGGAGGAAGAGAAGGUCAAGUUGGGGGGUUCUGAUUUGAGGGUUACAAAGCUCGGAAUUGGAGCUUGGUCUUGGGGUGACACCAGCUAUUGGAAUAACUUCGAAUGGGAUGAUAGGAAGCUGAAGGCUGCCAAGGCCGCUUUUGAUGCUAGUAUUGAUUCCGGCAUAACCUUCUUUGAUACUGCUGAAGUUUAUGGCUCAAGGUUCUCAAUGGGUGCUAUAAACUCGGAAACUCUACUUGGAAGAUUUAUAAGGGACAGGAAAGAAAAGGAUCCGGAACUGGAUGUUGCUGUUGCAACCAAGUUUGCAGCUUUGCCAUGGAGAUUGGGUCGUCAAAGUGUCAUCACUGCCCUCAAGGAUUCCCUUUGUCGCCUUGGACUUUCUUCGGUUGAUCUCUAUCAACUUCAUUGGCCUGGAAUAUGGGGAAAUGAAGGGUAUAUUGAUGGUCUGGGAGAUGCUGUUGAGCAGGGCUUAGUGAAGGCUGUUGGUGUUUCAAAUUACAGUGAAAAACGACUGCGUGAAGCACAUGAGAAACUUAUAAAGAGAGGUAUCCCGCUGGCUUCAAACCAAGUGAAUUACAGUCUCAUAUACAGGGCACCAGAGGAGAAUGGUGUGAAGGCCACCUGUGAUGAACUUGGAAUAACUUUGAUUGCCUAUUCUCCUAUUGCUCAAGGUGUUCUCACAGGUAAGUAUACACCGGAUAAUCCACCAACAGGGCCUCGAGGACGGAUUUAUACUCCCGAUUUUCUAACAAGGCUUCAACCUCUGCUGAACAGAAUCAAGGAAAUAGGAGAUAACUACAGCAAAUCUCCCACACAGGUAGUCCUUAAUUGGCUGAUAGCCCAGGAAAAUGUUGUGCCAAUUCCAGGAGCUAAAAAUGCAGAGCAGGCUGAAGAAUUUGCAGGUGCACUUGGGUGGAGGAUCUCCGAUGAAGAAAUUAGCGAGCUGCGCUCUUUAGCUUCAGAAAUCAAACCUGUAGUUGGUUUUCCAGUUGAAAAAUUAUAAAUGUAACGCACAUUAAGCUAAUUGACAGAAAGAAACAAUGCAAAAGUAACUUCUUAACGUUGAAAAUGAAUGUUCAAGUAUAUAAGCAUAAGCAAUGUAAUUAUCAAACUGUUAAUUUUUCGAUUA